UCAUACCCCGUAGAUGAUUUUAAUAUUUUUUUUUAGUUGUUUAAGUUUUCUGGUAGCUCUAGGUGGUUCUGGGCACACUCAACACUGGUUGUUAAAAUAUCGACCCAAAGAGGGUAAGAGUCGCAAGGCGCAAGUCUGGAUGACACAAUUGUUGGACCAAGUGGUGGCGCCGGAGAACUAGGAAGCGGAUAAGGGAAUUGGUUGUAAUCUGGACAGUCCCCCGCGCGCGGGCGGUGGAUCCAACAGACCCUGAGUCAAUGAAUUGACAGAUUAAAUCUUAUUACUUAAAUCAGGAAGAAUUAAGAUUACAUAUAUAUAUAUGUAUUUGGAGUCGAGAUUAUUAGUAAUAUUAUAUUUCAAAAAUUAUAAUUUUAUUGCAACUAUUAGCAUCAUCUAUUAAUUUUAUUAUGAUUAUGAUAUUUACGGAAGUGUGUAAUGUUUUGAAUAAUUUCAAAAGUGAAAUUGUGUGCAAGUGUAAUUCGUAAUAAGAAUCCAAGUGGAUUUGAAAUUUAACUGAGGCUUUGUAUAUGAAAAUAUAUAAAUAUGUGACGACUAGAAUUAUUUUAAAAAGCAACGAACACAUAAGUGAAGAUUAAUUUUAAAAAAAUAAGAAUGAUAAUAUAUAUAGAUAUAUAUUUGAUUUAAUUAUAAUAAAUCAUUUAAAAUUUAAAUCAUAUUCUAUGAAUAUCAAAUAAAUAUUUUUAAUAAUAAUAAUUAAAUUAAACGAUAAUAGGCAUCGAAUACUCGAUCCACAAGUCCGAUAAUUAUUCUAAUGUAAGUGAUAGAUCAAAUCUAUGAUCUGUUUUAUUUAAAAAAUAUAUAAACAAAGAAAAAGAUAAUAAGCUCAAAGAAUCCACUUGUCAACGAGGAAAAGAUUCAAGGUCGACUAAAUAUGCCUCAACAUAUAACUUUCAUUCAUUCCGUUUAAACAAUAAAAAGAAACAAGAAAAAAUACGUCCAGGAAAUAAAUAAAUCAUGUCCCACCGGCAAAUUUUACCAAAUGAGGAGUCGUACCUGAAAUCAGGUCGACCCUCGAGAAUUUUUAAAACAAGUUUUGCGAAUCCUAAUCUUGAACGGCUUUACCGAGCUUCAUCACUUCAACAAAGACGAGGUGGACUUCAUUGUUUUCUUAUAUCAGCUAUACUUUAUGACAUGUAUAUGUUGAUAUCACCAGAUGUUGAAGUAACGACUAAAGGAAUUUUUGCUGUAUUUUUGGGUUUGAAUUUGGGACUAUUAGCUCUUGCUGAACGUGGCACUCGGGCUAGAGAUAAACUUUGGUCGACAAUGCCGCACUUGGCUUGGCAAUUAUCAACAGCUCAAAUAUUGAUACAUUUAUUUCUAAAAAAUAAUGUCGUCACACCAAGAGAUAGUUUCGGAUGGUUACUUUUACUUCUAUAUCUUCUUUUUGCUACUCUUCCGCUCAGACUUCUUCAUGUUGCGUUACUGGUACUUGGUACAGCUUCAACUUAUAUUGUUGCUGUUGUUGGACUAGCUAAAGUUCCUUCUCAAACGCCGCUUGAAGUUCUGAUAAUAACAGUGACACUGUCAGCUGGGGCAGCAAUUCUAGGAGCAUCAAGUUACUCAUUGGCAGAGUUCCAACAACGUCGAGCAUUCUUAGAGACCCGUCAAAGUUUGCAGGUUCAGUUAGUGAUCGAAGAGCAAAGUGCCGAGCAAGAAAGAUUACUUUUAAGUGUACUACCAGAACACGUGGCUGUUAAAAUGCGUCAAGAUUUGGGUGCAUCAUUUGAUACUCAAUUCAAAAAAAUUUAUAUGUCAAGGCAUGAAAAUGUUUCAAUUCUCUAUGCUGAUAUUGUAGGAUUUACAGCAAUUUCAUCAACAUACAGCGCAAGCGAACUUGUUAAAAUUUUAAACGAACUUUUUGCUCGUUUCGAUCAAUUGAGUGAACGGUAUGAGCAAUUACGAAUUAAAAUUCUGGGUGAUUGUUACUAUUGUAUCAGUGGUGCUCCAGUUGAGCGACCAGAUCAUGCAAUAUUGUGUAUACACAUGGGCUUAUCAAUGGUAGAAGCAAUAAAAUAUGUUCAAGCAACGACUAAAAGUCCUGUGGACAUGAGAGUCGGUAUUCAUACUGGAGCAGUACUUGCGGGUGUCCUUGGCCAGAGACAGUGGCAAUUUGACGUUUAUAGCAAGGACGUAGAGCUGGCUAAUAAAAUGGAGAGCAGUGGAAUGGCUGGACGUGUUCAUAUCUCAAAUGCAACAUUAAAUUUUCUCAAUGAUGAAUUUGAAGUUGAACCAGCGUAUGGGGAAAAACGUGAAGAAGCUUUAGCUAAAGCUGGAUUAGUUACUUAUUUUAUUGUUAGGACAUUGAAACCAUUUAAACCGGCUAUAACUAAAAGUCUCGCAUCACUUGCUGAUGCUGAAAAUAAUACUCAAAGGAUAAUGAAUCACGGUGAUAUAAAGAGUAAUAAUAAUAAUGUUAAUAGUAAAGAAGAUUCAGAUGAUUUUCGUGAACGAUUACGACAGGAACUCGGGAAUAGAGAUGGAGGAGCUGAAUUAAAAGGACAUGCUUCUUGGUUGACAUUACAUUUUACGGAUCCAAAUGUUGAGUCCGCUUUUCACUGUAGUGGAGAAGCAUUUUCACCAUUGUCACUGCUGGGCGGUCCCUUGGUGAUGGUUUGCGCUGCACCAAUAUGGAGAUUACAGCCCUGGGGACCUUUUACCUGGGGUGGCGCAGGUGUUGUGACUCUUUUUGGAGUUGUUCUCGCUGGUGCAACAUGCCUAAGUAGUGCCGUUCGAGCUCGAUGGCUUAGACGAACUCUUGCCCUACUUAUGAUUUUUUCUCUCAGUGUUUUUUUACUGCUGGAUAUGGUUAAUUGUGGGAUUGUUGAAGAUGUUGAUCCACCGACAAAUGCAUCCUUGAAUUGGUCACCACGUUGUCCUUAUCCAUCGUAUUAUUCUUACGUUGGAGUACUUGCGUUGAUUGUAAUUUCUAUGCCAACAUAUAUUAGUUACUUAGGCAAAUCAGUAUUAAUGUUUUUACUAGCUGGUGCACAAUGUUCGAUGAACAUUCUAAUGCUUGGACAUUGUCUUGAUCGUGAAGAUAUAGCUUCUACAUUACCACCACCUGAUCAGCCAGUUGCCUAUCCACUCAAGUAUUCAUUGUCAGCUACACUGCUUACUAUUGCUUCAACUCUUGUUGUUGUUUCAAGAUACGCAGAGAAAGCACGUAGAAUACUAUAUUUACGAGGUAGAGAAGUAGUUGCCCAGAGAGAACGUGCAGCAGAUAUGAAGCGAAGAAACGGUGCAUUGAUUUAUAACAUCUUACCGCCUCAUGUAGCUACAUACUUUUUGUCAACAACUCGGCAUCAUGACGAUCUUUACAGCCAGAGUUACGCUGAAGUAGGAGUACUUUUUGCAAGUAUGCCAAAUUUCGCUGAUUUUUACAGCGAAGAAAGUAUUAAUAAUCAAGGCCUUGAAUGCUUGAGGUUUCUCAAUGAAGUAAUAUCUGACUUUGAUGCGAUUCUAGAUAAAAGUGAGUUCAAGUGUAUCAUUAAGAUAAAGACGAUUGGCUCAACUUAUAUGGCAGCCUCAGGAAUUUCCGAAUGUGCAGAGCCUGAAGACGGGCCUAGAUGGGGACAUUUAUCUACACUAGUUGGAUUUGCUCUGGAACUAAAAAAAGCACUCUCGAUUCUUAAUGAACAAAGUUUCAACCACUUUGUUUUAAAAAUGGGUAUCAAUCAAGGGCCAGUUACAGCUGGUGUUAUUGGUGCUAGAAAACCUCAUUAUGAUAUUUGGGGUAAUACUGUUAACGUUGCUUCAAGAAUGGAAAGUACUGGAAAAGUUGGUCAUAUUCAAGUAACUGAUGAAACAAGACAAAUUUUAGAACCAUUCGGUUACGGUUUUAUUCAAAGAGGAGUGAUUUUUGUCAAAGGAAAAGGUCAAUUAUUAACUCAUUAUUUGGUAUCUAAAGAUGGGGUUAAUCUUGAGCUUGACAGCGAUUUACCAGUGGUCCCUACACACCCGAUUAUUUAUCAAUAAUUUAUCAAUCAUUAUUAUACACAAUCACUAAAAUUAUGAUCCUGAAGUUAGCAGGCAACUAAUAAUUUUCGGAUUUAUUUUUCAACAAAUCAAUUUCAAAAAAAAAAAAACUGAAAAUAUGGACAUGUAGAAAAUUAAAAAAGCCAUAGGUGCAAUUUUUUUAAUUUAUCGUUUUAAGAAAAACCAAAAAAAUAAUAGACGUCGUCUAACUUCAGUAUCAUCACAAAUUACUUUAUUAUAAAAUUAAUGAAAAAACAUAAAAAAUUUAUAAAAACGUAAUCAACGUCGUUGAUUAUUAUUCAAGAAUUGCAUAUAAUAUGUAUUGUAAUUAUCUACAGCAAACUUGGUACAUUUUGUGCUUUCACAAAGUUACAGAAAAAAUUUAAAAAACAAACAAAAAUGAGAACUUACUGUCGUUAAAUUAAAAAAUUACAAAAACUUAAUUUAACAUCUCUAAAUUGGUUGUUAAAAAUAAAAAAGAAAUAAAAACACAAUCAAACUAAUAUAUUAAUGUUACUUUAAAUACUUUUAUUUAAAAAUAUAUAUUAAUUGAACACGAAGAACGUAUUCUCUCUAAUGAUUACCAUUGUAAUUAUUAAAAAGAAAAAGAUAAUUAUAUUAUAAUAUCAAUAAGAAUAUCAUCGUAAUUAUAAAAUAAACUAUAUAUUAAACUAUUUAUUCUGAAUAAAGCGAGUACGUUCUUCAUGUAUGUGAUAAUUUUAACUAAUUAGUCCAUGUGUAUAUUUUAUUAUACUGACAAUUUAAAAAAAAGUAAACUUAUGACUGUGUGAUUGUGUAACUGUAUGUAGAGAAAAAAAAACAUUGAAAAAAAAAUAAUACAAAUAAUUACGUAAGAUCUAUUGCAUUGUAGUUAUCUGCCACUGCGAGAAUUAUUUAUUAAAUGAAUACUUACACUUUGUACGUCUGAUUGAAUAUGUGGUAUGACUACUUUGAUAGUAAAAAAAACAAUCUAUAAAGAUUAAAAAAUAAUGGUGCGUUACUUAAUUAGAUUGGACACUUAUAAGUAUAUAUAUAUAUAUAUAUACAUGUAUAUAGAUUUAUAUAAGGGUGCUUCGUUUGAGAUGAUUAUUUUCUUUUUCAAGUCCCAUAAAAAAAAUUUAUUAACUUAUUGAAUCUUUAAUUUAUAAUUUAGAAAGGCAAGAGCAAUCGAUCGAUUUCGAAUUGGGUUUGAACCCAAGCUUUCCUUCACGGUGCAUGAGUACCAUGUCAGAUUAUCAUUGUACGUAUUGAAAAAAAAAUUCUCACAAAAUAUCAGCCCUUAAUUUUAAUUUUAAGCACUCGAUAGUUAUUUUUGAAAUUUACCCGCCCUCGCAGAUUUGAAUCACGGUGGAAACACCGUGGAAGUGUAAAAACCGUGGAUCCACUGUGGUUACACGGUGGGUUUGUUCCAUUUCACCACCGGGUAUACACAGUGUAUCCACUAUGAUUACGCGGUGUAUCCACCGUGAUUCCACGGUGGCUUGACCACUGUGUAUACAUGGAGUUUCCACUGUGAUUACGCGGUGUAUCCACCGUGAUUCCACGGUGGCUUUGUACUAUUUCACCACCGUGGUUCCACGGUGUAUCCACCGCGUAAUCACAGUGGAAACACCGUGUAUACACAGUGGUCAAGCCACCGUGGAAUCACGGUGGAUACACCGCGUAAUCACAGUGGUAAAAUGGAACAAACCCACCGUGUUUCCACUGUGAUUCAAAUCUGCGAGGGCGCUUAUUUAAUAUAUAAAUCUAAGAUUUUUUUAUUUAAUUAUUUAUAACUUAGCUACAUCUGUUAGUUUAUUGUCUAUUGGCAGUAAAUAGAGGGGAUUUUUGCUCUUUAAAAGUUCCUUUUUUAAAGAGAAUUAAAUUUCCUAUGAAAUUGUCAUUCACUUUUUUGCUGUAAGCCUAGUUGAAUCGUUUGUUUGAGAAACCCCAUAAGUCAACCCUGGUGAAAAUUUUUCGGACUUUUGUCCGAAAAAGUCUUUAGAACUCUAGAACUGAGUUUUUCAGGCAGAAGUCCGAAAAAUUUUCACCAGGGAAGAAAACAAAAUUUUUCAGGAAACACAAAAUAGUAUAUUACACACCGAGGGAAGUAAAGUAAGAAAUGUCUCAGAUCACAUGUUUGUUGACCUCGGCUUCGCCUCGGCCAACAAUUACAUGUGAUCUGAGACAUUUCUUACUUUACUUCCCUCGGUGUGUAAUAUACUAUUUUGGAAAAACUUGCGAUUAAAAUAAUAAAUAAAUAAUUGAAGACAAUAAUGUUAGCGUCUCUGAAAAAGAUUCAAAUAAGAAAAAUUCAAUUUUGUAAUUGAAACUACUUAACAAAAUUAUUUAAAGUUGAUCGACUUAUGGAGUUUCUCAACCAAACGGAAAAAAAGUUAUAAAAUCAUUGUUUUUUUUUUUUCCACUCAAAUCAUUUAUUAGACUGAUAAAAUAAAGUAAAAAAUAUGUAUUUGAACUCUGAAACCCAGAAAUUACAUAAAAUAAUAAUUAAUUUCAAAAUUUUAAUUAGACAUAUAACAGUCAAGAAUAAAACUACAUUUGAAAUUUAUUUCCAAAAAAAGCGCGAAUUUUAAAUAAAAACAAAAUUUUUUUUGUAAAACUAGAACUGGACAUGUUUCUAUAAGAAACCUGAUAAGUCAAUGACUUAUGGGGUUUCUCAAUUAAAUGAAAUUGCUGUUAAUUGUUUUUUUAAACGCUGAUUUGAUGCAUAUUUUUAUUGAUUUCUAUGGGGGGGGGGGGCAUCCAAAGAACCCAAAAAUGCAAAAAACCUAAUUUCGAAAAAAACAUGACUUAUGGGGUAUCUCAAAUAAACAAUUCAGUUGUUUACUAGGAAAAAGCAGAAAAAAAUGAAAAAUUUAUAAAAAUUUGCUUGAAAAUUUUUUAUCAGGAGAAUCCGUCAAGUCAAUUAGUGUGCAAUGAUAUUUUGACAUGGGACUUGAAAAAAAAAAUAGUCAUCUUAAACGAAGCACCCCAAUAUGUCUAUAUUUAUAUAUAUAUAUAUAUACUAAUGAUCGAUAAAAAAAUGUCCAGUUCUUUGAUCUUACAUUAUUUUUAACAAUGUGUUUGACAGCUAAAUAAAUUUGACAACUGUCGAUGAAAUGGUCUAUAAAUAAUAUUGGAAAUAAUUGAAAAAAUUGUAUUUAUUGUAAAAGAUGUAAUAUACAGAUCAAAAGUUUUAAAGUUACUGUUUAAAAAAAAAUUUUAAAACAAAAUAAAAAUAAUUAAAUACUCGGUAAUAGUUUAUUUUUCUACAUAGAACACCGAGUUAUUAAAUAAAAUAUAAGACUCUUUCAUCAAUUUGUCAUCACUAUAUCUAUUAAUAUAUUAAACAUAUGUUACAUCGCAUAGUGAAAUUAUUUAAAAAAUUAUAAAUCGAGUAAAAGUAUUGAACACCGAUUUGUUAUAAAAUGUAAGUUGUUGAUGAAUUAAAUUAUGAAAAGUUAAACCUAAAUUUCAAGAACAUGCACGGCCUAAUUGCGAGUCUAUUGGUAAAAAUAAUUUAUCUGUAUUUUUAAUUUACCCAUAGUUUUAUUUCUCAAUAGAUAAAAAAUAUUUAUUAUGGAUAUGUAUUAUAUUUAAUACUUCAAAAAUAUUUUAUUUAAUUAUUUGUCCUCUAACUAUAUUGAUAUUAACGAAAAACAAAAAUAAAACUAGACUCGCACGGUGAAACAAUCGAAAAAAAUUAUCAAAAAUAACAAUGAUUAUAGAGAGCACAUCGACGAGUAUACAUUGAAAUAUAAAAAUAUAUAAAGUUUAUAUCAGAAUAGCAAUGAUUUUUUAAAAAUCAUAAUUCAUUGUAUAACUUAAAAAUAUACUUUCUUACUAAUUUAUUUUUAUUCUAUCGACAAACGAAAUCUUGUAGUUAAUAUCUUAUUAUAAUAAUACAAAUAUAGAAAAAAUAAAUCUUAUGUGUAUACUGAAUAUUGUAAAUUAAUAAUAUAUAAUUAUAAAUGAUGUUGUAUAAAUAAUUUAUCUGAAAACAAUAAUACAUUAAAGAGAAAACAGACAAAAAUAAAUAAAUUAUU